AAUUAAGUCAAAUUAAAUAAUAAUUAUUUAUUUGAUAUAAUUUUAAUUUGAAGGGUAGAUAUAACUUCAUCAAAGCGAUAUACAGUCUUACUCAUCGCAAUGUGGACCCAAAAAUCCUUAUCAAUAUUUGAUUGCUUUAAACACGUUCGGUUUAUCCGAACUUGCUCUCCGUUGAAAGGAGCAAGGUGGAGUCCAGAUCCUCGUUUUAUUGAGCAAUUCAGUGGAGUAGCAGUCUAUACCAACGAAGCCAUAGAUAAGUAUUACAAAGUGAUAUGGGAUUCGCGGGUAAGGCCUAUUGAAAGAAAAUUAAAAAACAUGUGGCUAAACUUUGGACCGCAGCAUCCAGCUGCUCACGGCGUCCUUAGAUUAAUUCUAGAGUUAGAUGGAGAAACAGUUGUAAGAGCUGAUCCUCAUAUAGGAUUUUUACAUAGAGCGACAGAAAAACUAAUGGAACACAAACAUUAUACCCAAAGUCUACCAUAUGUUGAUCGAUUUGACUAUGUAUCGACACUAGCCAAUGAACAAGCAUUCGCAAUGGCUGUUGAAAAUCUUCUUAACAUUGAAGUGCCUCCGAGAGCCAAGGCUAUUAGAGUCCUUUGUAGUGAACUAGUGCGUAUCGGCAACCAUCUUUUAAAUGUUUCGGGCACCAUUCUUGACGCAGGCGGGAUAACUCCCUUCUUUUGGAUGUGUGAAGAACGUGAAAAAAUUUAUGAAUUAUCCGAAAGACUCUGUGGAGCUCGUAUACACUGCGCGUACGUCAGACCCGGAGGAGUAUCUCAAGAUAUUCCUAUAGGGUAUCUCGAUGAUGUUCACGAGUUUUGCGCAAAGCUGGGUGAACGCUUUGAUGAAACUGAAGAUAUUACUACCGGAGGGAGAAUGUACUACGCCCGCACUGCAGGUAUAGGAGUUGUAGAAGCACACAAGGCUCUCUAUCACGGCUUUAGCGGACCGAUGCUUAGAUGUUCAGGAGUAAAAUGGGAUUUAAGAAUUGCUUUUCCGUACGACAAUUACGACACGUACGACUUCGAUGUGCCAGUUGGUUCCUUUGGCGACUCUUAUGACCGUCAUUUACUUCGCUUAGCAGAAAUGCGCCAAUCUAUAAGAAUUAUAAAUCAAGUCAUCGAUACAAUGCCAGAAGGCGCAAUCAGGACCGAUGACUCUAAGGUUGCGUUUCCUUUAAGGGCAGAAAUGAAAAUGUCUAUGGAAGCUUUAAUACAUCAUUUCAAGUUAUGUACCGAGGGAUACGUAGUUCCCCCAGGCAUAACGUACACUGCUGCCGAGUGUCCUAAGGGCGAAUUAGGCUUUUAUAUGGUAGCUGAUGGCACUUCGAAGCCUUACCGCGUUGGUGUAAGAUCAUGCUCAUACAACCACUUGGCAGGUCUGAGCUUCUUGGCAAGAAAAUGUAUGUUAGCCGAUAUAGCUAUACUGAUUGCUACAAUAGACAUUGUAUUUGGUGAUGUAGAUCGUUAAACAUGAAAUGGUUUUUCUAUAAUGUAAACGAUCAUGUACCUACCUAUCUUUUACGUUUUAAUAAAAAUAAAACAAUGA